CCUCGUCUGCAACGCCCACCCCACGAUUCCACACAGCCAUAUCCUCACCCCUCACGCACAACCCAGGUCUUCAUCAUUGUCAUUAAGCGCCGCGACACGACGCCAACAUGACGAGCACUAUCGGUAUUCCUAUUAAGCUGCUGAACGAAGCUCAGGGUCACGUUGUCACACUCGAAAUUACGUCCGGACAAGUCUACCGCGGGAAGCUGCUCGAGGCUGAGGACAACAUGAAUGUGCAACUCAAGGAUAUCACUGUGACGGCCCGCGAUGGACGCGUGUCGCAUUUGGACCAGGUGUACAUCAGAGGGUCGCAUGUGAGGUUCUUUAUUGUGCCGGAUAUGUUGAGGAAUGCUCCGAUGUUCCGCUCGAGGGGCGUAAAGGGACGCGGUGUGGGAUUGGCAAGAGGAAGGGCAACGGUCAGUCGGGCGAGAGCAAGCGGGAGAGGUGCUCCGAGGGGUUAAGCUGGGAUAGGUGGAGAUGGAUUUGGACAUGGUGAUGGCGUUCACGGAAAAGCUGCGGGAUAUGUUAGGGUCUGAAAGAAUUACAGUGAUCUUUCCCACUUUCAGGUUUUGUGG